AGCAAAUUUCUCACGCUCGAUGUGGCUCUCCAGAUCACGUCUCAGGUGCUGGUUAUAUGAGCUGAGAGAGCAGGUUCGCUCGACUCAACCUUACUGUCUGAAGUCUGAGUUGUGCUUGGGCGAGCCGAUGUUCGCAAUGACCAAUCACUGAACACCGUUGUUCGUCCACUUCGUUCUUUGUCUUAAUCUCUCUUCUUGGGGAUAUUUUCAGUAAUAAAAGUGAGGUGUUUCUUCUGUAACAGCUUCCUUCAUGUCUUUUUCCUGACUCCUCACUACCAGUGCUUCAUUUCGCUUGCGUUCUUGAUAGAAAUUAAAGUAUGUGUAAAUAGAUUGUGAUGCUGUGACCCACGAUGACUUUUCUCUGUAUGAAAAAAGUUGCUAAGAAAUAUACAAUUUUCUAUUCUGAUUAACUAUUCUGUUCUAGCUGUCUUAUUCAGAAAAUCUUGAGUCUUCAUGUAACAGCUUUUGAUAUGCAAAUGAAAAUGACUAUUCAAUGAAUAUGCAAAUUAGCUCAUGAUGUUAGCUGGUAGCUUCCAGCGACUGAGUAUUCGUUAGUUACUUUUCCCUGAAAAGGUUUAUCAACACUGGAUGACUUCUUGCUCACUUUGAUUGGCAUUACAGUUCACUAAAUGCCAAUAGAAACACUACUGGACUGUGUAUUUUGAUGUAAACCAUGUUUGAUAAAACGUAGACACCAUUUAAUUAUCUCCUCGUCACUGAGGGAGCGUUUAUAUAGGACAGCAGCGCGUGAAGAAAACACGGACCAAUCACACUGGAGAAAUUAAUGGAGGCGUGGCUAUUUAUGUAAAAGAAGUUCGUAGUGGUAACUAGGCAACCACAUAGCAAAAGAAGUGCUAUCCACUUCACUGAGGUGUAACUUAGCAAACCGCUACUGAAAUGCAUAACCAGUAGAUUAGUGUUUGUAGAUAAUAAGAAAUCUAUUCAAUACAAUUGUAGUUUAUUUGCUAGCCAUGAAGCUAACACUAUCCAUAUAAGUUCGUUUUGGUUUUUUUUGGUUUUUACUGAAGUUAUCACAUCCCCAACGUUGUUUGUACUAGGCAGCCAUUUUAUCGCAGGGAGAGCUUUUUAUACAGGAGAGUAGCGCGCGACAAUAACGCGGACCAAUCACGUAGCGGGAAACAGUGGAGGCGGGGCUAUAUCGGAGAGGCUGUGAAGUAACUAGGCAACCACAUAGAAACAAAAUGACCCAUAAGGAGCCAUUGCUAUGCUGUUUAGCAACAAACUAGACUCUAGACAGGUUCUUAUUAAAUACAGUGAUUAGAUUUAGUAGCUAUCUGGCUAGUUAUCUAAUUUGUUGACAUUUUAGAGAGUUCUGCGUGCAUGUAAUAUGGAAAAAGACACUCUAGAGCAUCAGCACGCGCCCCCAUCCUGCGUUUUUGUAGAGAGGACUUUGGCUUUGAUUAAACCCGACGCUGUUGAUAAAGCAGAUGAAAUCGAGGAUAUCAUCCUUCUGUCAGGAUUCACCAUUCUGCAGAAACGUAAGCUUCAGCUGAGCCCCGAGCAGUGCAGUGAUUUCUACGCUGAGCAUUAUGGACAGCCGUUUUUUCCCAGUUUGACAGCCUUCAUGAGCUCUGGCCCGGUCGUGGCUCUUGCGCUGGCGAGGCAUCGAGCCAUCGCUACCUGGAAAGAUCUGAUGGGACCAAGCAACAGCACCAAGGCCAGAGAGACACAUCCUGACAGCCUGAGAGCUCGAUUUGGGACGUCUGAUUUGAGGAAUGCUGUGCACGGCAGUGAAACGUUUUCAGCAGCCGAAAGGGAGCUCAAGUUCAUGUUUCCCAACUCUGUAAUUGAACCCAUUCCGAAGGGCGAAGCUGCCACUGAUUACCUGAGCAGGUGUAUAAACCCAACCCUCCUCACCGGCCUUACUGAGCUGUGCAAGACGAAACCAGCCGAUCCAUUCACAUGGCUGGCUGACUGGCUGAUUCAAAACAACCCAAAUAAACCCCAAAUAAGUGAAGGGAUUGUAGUUGAAGAAGCAGCUUAAACAGGAUUAAAAAUGACUGUAUGAGUUUUCUGACAGAAAUUGUUUUUUUCAUGUAGUACUGAAAAUGAUUUG